AUGUUGAGCCUACGAGCCUUUGCCAGCCCUCUGCCCAGGCAAUGCCUGCGCACGGCGCCUCGCGCUGCCGCCACCUGGUCUCUCUCAGUCCAGCGCUCGUACUCUUCUGCCAACGAAAAGGUCGCCAAGUACAAUGGCAAUAAGGACUCGAACGGCAACUACCUCGUCAGCUUGAUCGAGGGUGACGGCAUUGGUCCCGAGAUCGCCGUCUCCGUCAAGGACAUCUUCGCUGCCGCCAAGGCCCCCGUUUCAUGGGAGCCCAUCGAUGUCACCCCUAUCCUGAAGGAUGGCAAGACGGCCAUUCCCGAUGCUGCCAUUGAGAGCAUCAAGAGGAACAAGGUCGCCCUCAAGGGACCUUUGGCUACCCCCGUCGGCAAGGGCCACGUCUCUCUCAACCUCACCCUCCGUCGCACAUUCAACCUCUUCGCCAACCUGCGCCCCUGCCGCUCGGUUGCCGGCUACAAGACCCCCUACGACGGCGUCGACACUGUCCUCAUCCGUGAGAACACCGAGGGCGAGUACUCGGGCAUCGAGCACGUUGUCGUCGAUGGCGUCGUCCAGUCGAUUAAGCUCAUCACCGCCGAGGCGUCCGAGCGCGUCCUCCGUUUCGCCUUCCAGCACGCCGAGGCCAUUGGCCGCAAGAAGGUCCGCGUCGUCCACAAGGCCACCAUCAUGAAGAUGUCCGACGGUCUCUUCCUCAAGACCGCCGAGCGCGUCGCCAAGGACUUCCCCUCCAUCGAGUUCGACGCCGAGCUCCUCGACAACACCUGCCUCAAGAUGGUCACCGACCCCAACCCCUACAACGACAAGGUCCUGGUCAUGCCCAACCUGUACGGUGACAUUCUGUCCGACAUGUGCGCCGGUUUGAUCGGCGGCCUGGGCCUCACCCCCUCGGGCAACAUUGGUGACGAGUGCUCCAUCUUCGAGGCUGUCCACGGCUCCGCCCCCGACAUUGAGGGCAAGGCCCUGGCCAACCCCACCGCCCUCCUCCUGUCCUCCAUCAUGAUGCUGCGUCACAUGUCCCUGAACGAGCACGCCAACCGCAUCGAGAAGGCCAUCUUCGACACCCUCGCCGAGGGCAAGGCUCUCACCGGCGACCUCGGCGGCAAGGCCAAGACCCACGAGUACGCCAACGCCAUCAUCUCCAGGCUGUAA